CUGCUGCGCCCGUUAAUGCACAGACAUGAAAAUACCCGACCGGUGGACUCGUGAUGCUCGUUGGCGACCUCGCCGCGCGUCGACCGGGGGGCGGCGCCUCGCUCGGCGGCAGCCGCCGAGCGUCGGCAUUCGCGAUGCUGAACGCGAGCGUGGCGUGCGGCGCGAACUGCACGCUGGCGUUCCCGCGCUCCAUCCAGGCAGCCGCGACGGCGGCCAUCGCGCUGCUGCUGGUGCUGGGCAGCGCGGGAAACCUGCUCGUGCCGCUGGUCGUGUGCCGGACCAGAGAGCUGCGCAACUCGACCAACCUGUUCCUCGUCAACCUGAGCGUGUCCGAUCUGCUCGUGCUGCUGGUGUGCCUGCCCACCGCCCUGGUCGAGCUACACUCACAGCCUGAGGUGUGGUUGCUCGGAGAAGGAAUGUGUCGGCUCACCCCGUUCCUGGAGCUGGUGAUGGCGCAUGUGUCGAUCCUGACCAUACUGGCGAUCAGCUUCGAGCGCUACUACGCCAUCUGCCAGCCGCUCAAGGCCGGCUACACUUGCACAAAGAUGCGUGCUCUGGCCAUCAUCAGCGCUGUGUGGCUCCUAGCGCUGGUGGUCACCAGUCCGAUGCUGUUCGUGUCCCAGUACGGCUGGGUGGAGUAUUAUGACGGAAGUACGGUGGCUUCGUGUGGCACCUCGUUCGGGCGGCCUUGGCGGCGCCUGUACAUCAUGGCCACAAUGGCGCUGCUCUUUGUGCUGCCUUUGUUCGUGCUACUGGUCGUGUACGCGAGCAUAGCACGCCAGCUCGUGCGCCAGCGCGACACUGGCAGCGCUCCUCCAUCGGCGCCCGAGGCGGCGCAGCUACGCGCCCGCCGCCAGGUGGUGCUGAUGCUGGCUGCCGUUGUGAUCAGCUUCUUCGUCUGCUUGUUGCCUUACCGGGCACUCAUCCUUUGGAUCAUCGUCUCUCCCGCGCCCGUCGAGGAACAGGUGAGCCUGGAACUUUUCUACAGCCUGUUGUACCUGUGCCGUGUCAUGCUGUACCUGAACUCGGCAAUGAACCCCAUCCUCUACAACGCCAUCUCGUCAAAAUUUCGCGCUGCCUUCUGCCGUCUGCUGGGUUUCCGUCACCCCAGGCGCCACUGCACCACCAACACGCAAACGAGCACUUCACUGGCCUUCCAAAGCAGCUUUAGCAGCGGUGCCCCACAGAAUGUCUGACACAUCCACGGUCUGCAUAUCAACUCUGCGUUAAGGCACAAUAAGGAACUCGCACCUGCCGCGGCGUCCUGCUACAGUAAAGAAUGAUGACUCCUUUUGCGAAGCCCCCCCGGAAGCGAAGCGAAGCGGCAACACAGUAUCGCAGGGCUAGUCUUUUCAGCUCCUCUGGAUAAUUGCAGCUUUGCGCCCGUAACUCAUUGACGCCAAUGAACCUCUGUGAAGCUAACCUUGGCCACUGGUUGUGUAUCGCUGGGGCCACUGGGUAUGUGCCGCUCUUAAAUGAACCUAUUUGACGCCAACUUGGGUUACUUGUAUGUGCAACUAUGAACUUCACAGCGGCGCCGCCAGAAGGGUCAGCGUGCCUAGAGGGAACAGCGAGGGAGAAGCGCCGGCUCCGUACACAUACAGUUUUGACUAUACUUGUACAGGCGUCGUAAGUGAGAACCGCCGGAAUUUUCAGGCUGCACUAUUGUUGUAUCGGGGU